CAAUGCUUACAGCAUUAGGAUUGUCAAAUCUACGGUAUAGUGAGGCUGGAAGCUCUCGCAAUAUCAUUAUAGUUGGGUUAUCGUUGUUUUUUCUCUUUCCAUCCCUGCCUACUUCCAGCAAUAUGGCAUAUCUCCCAUUCCAACUUGUCUGUGCCAAGUUAUUUUCAACCCUACGUUGUGGCUUCUCAUGGGCCUUUCCACACCAAAUAUGGAGGGUUCAAUUAUGUCCUGAAUACACUCUUUGCAUUACACAUGGUGGUAGCAUUUGUUGUAGCUGUUGUCCUGGACAAUACGUGCCUGGCAGUAAGCAGGAACGCGGGGUCUAUGUGUGGUCGGAAGCCGAGGCUGCUAGAAGGGAGCCUGCCGUCAUGAAAGACUAUGAGUUGCCCUUUAGAGUUGGCCGAGAGUUUUCAAGGUGGGUGAAAUGUGUGGGGCUAUGAAGGAAGGGCAUCGCUACAUUUCUCAUUUGUGUCCAAGGAGCAGGUUUCGAAUGUGGGGGUUUUUGUUCUCAAGCAAAAGGAUAGCAAGUUUUGUGGAAACAUCUCAUAGACGAUGAGACACAUCUUGGUAAUAGUGUCUCGUUAUAGAUACUUUAUAUGUAGAUUGAGGAUCCUGAGGAUCUGUUUGUGUUGUAAUUUAUUAGAUUAUGAUUAACCAUGUAUGUAGUCUUGAUUCAUUCGAAAUGUCCAGGUGGAUUCUUUCUUGCUUUAAAGGCGGGCUUUGGCAAAUCAUCCUGGUUAUGUAUAUAGACACACAUUUUUUUCUUGUUGGGUCUUCGAUUCAACUUCA